AUGCGGGUGCUGGAGCUGCUGGUCCUGGAGGUGCUCGUACUGGAUGCGCUGGAGCUGCCGGAGCUGGUGGUGCUGCUGGUGCAGGAGGUGCUGGAGGCACUAGAGGUGCUGGAGCUGCUGGUUCUAGAGGUGCUCGUGCUGGGGGUUCUGGAGCUGCCGAAGCUAGUGGUGCUGCUGGUGCUGGAGGUGCUGGGGGUACUGGAGCUGCUGGAGCUGGUGGUGGUGGUGCUGCUGGAGGUGCUGGAGGUGCUGGAGGUGCUGGAGCUGCUGGUCCCGGAGGUGCUCGUACUGGAGGUACUGGAGCUGUUGGAGCUGGUGGUGUUGCUGGUGCUGGAGCUGGAGACCCUGGAGCUGGAGACCCUGGAGCUGGGGGUGCUGGCGCUAGGGGUGCUGGAGCUGUCAGUACUGAGCUUCGUGAGCCUGCGUCUCAUCCUGCCUCGCCUGUUCACGCUGUUUGCAGUCGUAGGCGUCCUCCUCCUGUCCCUGACACUCACACUAUGGCACUUCAUCCUUCCUCUAUUGCACUUCGAGUUCCCCUGCCAUCUCCUCCUGCGUCCUCUCUUCCCGACUUAG